CGUCACAAUCGCGAUUGUAAAUAACACGCGUAGAAACAAAAUGCGGACGAAUCAAGAGGAGGGACAUAACCUCUAAGGGUUUCUCGCCGCAGUAAAAAAAAAAUCAUGGAAACGAUCAUCAAAUUCUUGUCAUUUUCCACCUACACGUUAUCUUGUCGCAGAAGAAAGGAUUGAUCAUGUUGAAAAAAAUAUAUCCGAUAAAACGUCGCGAUAUGCUCCUCGAAGAAGCUAUGUCAAUACUCCCUUCUGUAUCCCCGCUGCCAACAGCAUUGAACAUGCCAGAUCCUGUACUACUGCAUCUAUAGCCCUUCUCUCUCUCUCUUUGUCUCUCUCUUUCGACAAAAUUUGUAGCGCGAUACUUUCAGAUACCUAGAAUUUAAAUUCCUGAUACUCUUGGCUGUCGUGAGUGGCACAAUUCUUGCGGCGCGAUCGUGGAACACGCAUAAAUUUUUCCUGUGAAAAUGACAAAGAGUAUGUCAAAGAGGGAGGUCUGUGGGUACAUGUCGCUGUUGUACAGCGUCGCGGACAAGCCGUUGGAUUUGUGGUCGAAACACGUUUCCUACGGUGGCAAGAUUCGUAGGGUGAGGGACGACCUAUUGCACGGGGACAGGGUGAUCGAGAUCACCGGGCCAAACAACAGCACGAUCCCCACGAGCGUAACUAUUCCCGCCAAAGCGCAGGACGUCCUGAACGUAAAGCUCCCUAUUCUCGUGUUAAUCGUAAAGAACUUGAACCUGCGGUUCAAGCUGGAUGUCCAAGUACACGGAUGUUCUAUAAUGGACGAGGAACGGUACCGGAGAAGAUUCUCUUUCAUGACCCACAGCGUCGAGAGACCGAGAAUCGGCGCGAGCUUGGCUCGUAUUCCGUUGAUAUUGGAAAAAUGUUGGAACCUCUUGGAGAUAAAUCUCCAGGCUCUCUGCCGCGACGCGUACGGGACGGAUUACGGGGCCCUGCAAAGAGUGACGAUUUAUCCGAAUUGUCAUUUGAGAAGGGUGUACCUGCAGGAUCGUCACUACGACGACGACGAGACCCGCAUCGAGAUGUGUCAGGCUUUCAUCGAUAUGUACAUGUUGAAGCGGAGUCAAAUCAAAGUCGUAAAGGCUUGCCAGACGGAAGAAUGUUACACAGAACCUCCAGAGCAAUCUGCCCCGAAUUGUUUUGCCAAGGAAGAUUCUAUUGGUACACCGUCGGCAAAAAUGGAUCUACGUAAAACCGCGGGCAACACGGAAAAACUGAAAAGUUUAAAUUCACCUAACUUAAAUUUAUACAAGUCUAUAUUAAAAAAGAAUCACAUGUCGGUGGACGCUUUAAACGGCGCGAUAAAGAAACGUAACCAGCAUAUUUUUACAAGACAAAGUGAACGCCUCACGAAAUCUUCGAUAAAUGAGCCAAUGAUUACAGAAAAUAAGUUAAAAAAAGGUAGCAGUGACAUAACGGAGAAAGCGGGCCAACGUUAUGCAAUGAAGACUCAUAAGGCAGAAAUCUCCAUGCUGAAUAUAAAACUUGAUUAUAGGUUGCAACCUGCGUCUGCUGUCGAAUUAAAAAGAAUUGCGAAGAAUCAAUUUUUAAAAACGCACGUCAGCGAAAUAUUAUUCAAGGAUAACGAAUUUCCAAAAUGUCCGCAGAAAGGUCAGAAUGCAGGAGAUACGUAUGUUAACAUGAGAAACUGCAACAUAAGAAAUUGCACAUUAAGCGAUGCUGAUAACGUACAGACAGGAAAAGAUAACGCUACGGUUGCAAAAUUUAGAGCAGCCAGUGCUCCGUCCGCUUUUAAACUCGAGCUGUCUGAAAAUGUUAAGCUUGAUAAAAUAAACAACGUGUCCGACAAUCCGAGCGAUGGACAUGUUCGUUCUAAGCAUAAAUACGUAAAAGAGAGUGAAAGAAGUAUCGCCAAUCGUUUAAGAUCUCUACUUAGCAUCGAGGAAGACGCUGAAGACAUGUCUGCACACAAAUAUAUUCCAUCUCUAAUCGAGAAAGAGGCAAUACUGGAAGAAAUAAAAUCGUACGUAUUUAAAGACAGCAUCGGAUUUUAUAACAAUAAGUCGUUCCGCGAAUAGAAAACUUCUCGAGAAAUUACAGGAUAAAGGCCUCAUGUAGAACUAUCAAUGUAUGUAUAACACAAAUAACAAAUCGGAGAAAGUUAUAGCCAAGAAGAGUUUAUAGAGAAAUCGAGAUGGUGCGCAAAUAAAUGUAUUUGUUCACAAUAAAUUUAACUCCACUUUUUAGCA